AAUUGCACUUCCUCCUUUUACGCACCACUGUUCAGCACAGCGUUUGGGUUAUAGGAGUAGCCCACAAAGUGAAAAUGGAAAGAGCGAAAACUGAACGGGGCUGUGUCCUGUAAUUGCCUAUUCACUUUGUAAGAGGAAAAAACAUUGCGGGGAAUGACAAUCGAUUGUUAUUAGAACGCUCCAACAACACCUAUUCAGCGGCGAGCAGCAGAGUCAACGGAACAUUUUCAGAAAUACAAUGGCAGCGACCUAGAUCAACUUUUGGACUUGCUUUCUAAAAGGAUCAAAAAGAGAGGCCUUGCAACUUUUUAAAAACUUGUUGGAUACGGUGGAGCAAGGACACAAACAUGAAGAAACAGUUUAAUCGCAUGAAACAGCUCGCCAACCAAACAGUUGGAAGAGCCGAGAAGACUGAGGUGCUGAGUGAUGACCUUCUACAGAUUGAGAGACGGAUGGAGCUGGUCCGUCUGGUGUCCCACAACGCACACAAGAGACUGGUCACCUGUCUACAGGGUCACAUCGGAACGGAGGCAGAAAAGAGACACAAAAAGCUCCCUCUGACAGCGCUGUCCCAGGCCAUGCAGGAUGGAGGAAGCCAGCUGGGGGAGGAGUCACUGAUUGGUAAGAUGAUGGAUGUGUGUGGGGAGGCAGAGAGCAGACUAGCGUCUGAGCUGAUGCAACACGAGGUCCAGCUAGUGAGAGACAUCCUGGAACCUCUCAACCAGCUAGCAGAGGUGGACAUUCCCAACAUCCUGAGACAGAGGAAACAGCUGGCUAAGCUUGUCCUAGAUUAUGACUCAGCCAGAGCCAGGUGGUUGCAGGCAAGCAAGUCUAUUCACUUUUCCACAAACUACCAGGCCACUGUCGCCAAGGUUGAGACUCUCAAAGACGAGAUGGACGAGGCCCUGAACAAAGUGGAGAUGUGUAAGGACCAGCUGUCUGCUGACAUGUAUAACUUCUCCUCCAAGGAGGGAGACUACGCCCGCUACUAUGUUAUUUUGGUAGAGGCCCAGGCUGACUACCACAGGAGGUCUCUGGCUGCUCUGGAAGGAGUCCUGCCGACCAUACAGGCACAGAACGACUCAUGGAUGGAGAAGCCUGCGUACGGCACGGCUCUGGAAGAGCACCUGAAGAGGAGUAACCGUGAGAUCGCCCUGCCCUUAGAGGCCUGUGUCAUGAUGCUGCUGGAGACUGGCAUGAAGGAGGAGGGUCUGUUCCGAAUCGCUGCUGGGGCCUCCAAACUAAAGAAGCUGAAGGCAGCUCUGGACUGUUCCACCUCCCAGUUAGAGGAGUUUUACUCCGACCCCCAUGCUGUAGCUGGAGCUCUGAAGUCCUACCUCAGAGAGCUGCCUGAACCCCUAAUGACCUUCGCACUGUAUGAUGAGUGGACACAAGCCUCCAAUGUGUCUGACCCAGACAGGAGGCUUCAGGCUUUGUGGGUGGCAUGUGACGGUUUGCCAAAGAACCACAAGGCCAACUUCAGGUAUCUGGUAAAGUUCCUAGCCAAGCUGGCCCAGGACAGUGAGGUGAAUAAGAUGACUCCCAGUAACAUCGCCAUAGUGCUGGGACCCAACCUGCUCUGGUCCAAGACUGAGGGGACUCUGGCAGAGAUGGCUGCUGCUACCUCGGUCCAUGUGGUGGCCAUCAUAGAACCCAUCAUCCAGCACGCUGACUGGUUCUUCCCAGAUGACGUGGACUUUAACGUGUCGGGCAUGUUCGUGGCCAUGACCCCUGAACCUGACCCAGGCCCUUUCGAGAGGCGACGCCCCGGAAGCCUGGUGGAAGGGGACACUCCCCGCAAAGACAGCCCCGCUCCUAACAAACUGGGUGACCACACCCCUACCCCCACCCCACGUAGAGCUGCCACUCUAAAUAGAAAACAGCACCAUCAUGCCUCUUCGCCCGCCUUCCAGACCCCUCUACCACCGCCAGAGGCUGGAGGAGUCCCCCAGACCCAGCCUGUGGCAGAGCCCCAGACCCAGGAGCAAACUCUGUGUGGGAGUACGGAGGCUGGCCAGCCUGGCCUGGCUGGGGGGGAUGGUGGUGGUGGUGGUGGGGGUCAAGGUCAGGGUCAGGGUGGGGCACCAGAGGUCCAGGUGGCCACAGGGCAGCAGCCUCUGCCUCUUACCCAGCACAGCACUGAGGAGAGCAGCCCUGGCCAUGACCCCACUUCCACUCCCCCUCCCCUGAGAAACGGGGGCUCCCAGCUCACCGUGGGUACGCCCCACUCCCAGGCAGGAUGCAGGGGUCCCAGCCCCCACAUUGGGCGCAGAGGUACUAAGAAGCAAGCCCCUGCCCCACCCAAACAGGCCAACCCCUUUGUAGCUAAUGUCUCCAGCCUUGGCCACAGUCCCGCGUCUAACAACCCCUACCCCCUCAUCGCUCCACGACGCCACUCUGGUAAAGAAACCCCCAUCCACGCCCCCAGCCACCCGCCCCCACAGCCCCCACAAGCCCCCCAGUCUCAGGGGGAGUCAGACCCCUCUCCGCCCCACACCCCCACACCCCCUAGCACCCCGCCUCACGAUGGUCCAACCUCCACCCCCUUCACCCCUCUAUCCUCCUUCCACUCUGGCUCCCUCCCUCGCCCCACCAGGCCGGCUCCUAAGCCACGCUCCCGACCUACAGUUCCCCCGCCGCGUCAGCCGCCCACCAAUGAUGACAGCAACGGGACCUGCGGCUCCGCCUCCAAGGUCAUCACCGAUGUGUGAGCUGCCGCCCUGCCUGUGAGCUGAGAUUGAGAGGCAGGUAAUGAUGCCAGCCUGAACUUGAAGGGGAUUGGCCGAGCCCUUAUCCCUGAAAUUACGGUGGACAUACAAGGGGAGAGCUCUGCUGGUCAUGAGCCCGCCCCCUCUCCAACCCCACCCUCGGACCCUGAGAUCCAAUCAGAGAGCACCAGUCUGUGAAAGCGGGGAGGGAUCACUCCAACUGACAUCACCAAAAAAAAAAAACAUUCUGCCUCUGCCCAAUUGGCCAAUAUGCUAGCCAUUCAUCCAAUCGCCGUAGUCAGAGUCAGCUCUGAGCCUCUACAGACUGGACCAUACAAACUCCCUGUGCUCCAUCAAUCCAGUGAGCAAUAAUGUCUGCAACAAACAACCCCUAGCUAACAUUACUCUCUACAACAAUACAGGGACUAGACAACCUUCUCUUACUCCAUAAUCCACCCUCAACACCAACACCCUUCCAUCCAGAUCCAUAAACCAUCAACCCUGAACAGUAUUGGAACUGGACCACCUUCAACCUGCUAAACAUGAUAGGAGGUUGGCCUGCAGCUAGAGAUGCCACUGUAGCUUUCUAUUGAAUCACCCAAGCCUGUACUGGGACUGGAAUAUAUAUAACCACUGAACUCCAAUGCUGACCCAGUACCUGGAAGCAUCUGAUGCAAAUCUGAAUAUACUGUACUGUGACAUUGAAUUGGGGGUGGGAGGCUAAGCUUGUAAACCUAAAAGCUCAGAACUAGUAUUUCUGUAUUAUGCAGCUUUCUUCCCUGUGGUGCAUUGUAUGGUGGUUGUAGGAAUGUUUUUUGAAUGGAAAUUGCUCAUUGUAUACAUGUCCUCAAUGCAUUACCUAAGCUUGUCUACAAAACUGCAAUUUUGCCCCAUUUGAGAACUUUCUUUAAGGGUUUUUAAUGGGCCAAAUAAUAGAAAUGUAAUACAGAAGUGCUAUUGAUGAGCAAAUAUACAUGGUGAGCCCAAAGAAUCCUAUAAAUUGCCAUACUUGAUUUGAUGAGAGCUCUCAAGGACCAAAGAUGCCAGUUGAUUAAUAAGUACGUUUGGUGAGUGUGCUGCUUUGUGUUUCUAAUAUAAAUGUUUUAAUAAAUAGUUGCCAAGGACCAAAUAAGUACCAGUGAGGAGUGCAAUUUAAGUAACUGAAUUCGUUUCAUACUGUGCCUUCUCCACCCCCAAUAUCCACCCUGUUUCAUCUGUUGUUGUUUUUAACCUGUCUUACCUCAAUAUACUAUAGGACCGUGUUUUAUUCAACCCCAAUCUAACCAUGUGAUACAUUGUUAUUGAACAGAGCUGAAUUAAAAAAAACAGUCACCCCUGACAAAAAUGUGUAUACCAAUCACAGAUUUCCCCUUUAAAAGAAAAGUUCUAUAAGAAAAGGGAUGGAUUGGACAUUCCCUGCCACAGAUUUCCCCUUUAAAAGAAAAGUUCUAUAAGAAAAGGGAUGGAUUGGACAUUCCCUGCCACAGAUUUCCCCUUUAAAAGAAAAGUUCUAUAAGAAAAGGGAUGGAUUGGACAUUCCCUGCCACAGAUUUCCCCUUUAAAAGAAAAGUUCUAUAAGAAAAGGGAUGGAUUGGACAUUCCCUGCCACAGAUUUCCCCUUUAAAAGAAAAGUUCUAUAAGAAAAGGGAUGGAUUGGACAUUCCCUGCCACAGAUUUCCCCUUUAAAAGAAAAGUUCUAUAAGAAAAGGGAUGGAUUGGACAUUCCCUGCCACAGAUUUCCCCUUUAAAAGAAAAGUUCUAUAAGAAAAGGGAUGGAUUGGACAUUCCCUGCCACAGAUUUCCCCUUUAAAAGAAAAGUUCUAUAAGAAAAGGGAUGGAUUGGACAUUCCCUGCCACAGAUUUCCCCUUUAAAAGAAAAGUUCUAUAAGAAAAGGGAUGGAUUGGACAUUCCCUGCCACAGAUUUUUUAUUUGAGAAAUGAUUUGUUUUGCUAACCGUUUUGAUUUAAUUUAGCUCAGGAAAUAGACAAGCAACAACCCAAUAUCCCAGAUGUUAUUUUAUGAUUACUAUUCAAAUUAAGGAUAUUAUGUUGACAAUCUUUAGUGGGUAACCUGGCUUCUCACUCUGCUUUUGAUUAUUGCCUUUUUUUCCACUACAUUGCACGUUUUGAAUAUGAUUUGCGUUGGUUUUUUUCUCUGCCCGUGUCUUUUCAACCUGAAAAUGAACAAAGAUUUUCGAUAAUGAGUGAAUGGAUCCUCCACUGUUUGUUCAUAUUAAAGGAAAAUAGUUUUGGGUAUUAUUACUCCAAAUAAAGAAAACAUGAAUUAAAA